CUUAAUCAAACUUCCUAUUGGAACAUCAAGGGACAGUGUUCAGUAUUUAUUCACACACUCUCUCUGAAAAUCUUAAAAGAAUCUCAAAAACCCUUACACCCAUCCAUCAUUAAACAGGAAAUCCCUGCCAGCAACGAUCUCUGCACAAAGGUUAGUAGCUUUCAGGUUGUUUGCAACUCUUGUGUUAAAUAAAAAGAUGGAGAACACGUCGCCCCUGACAUUGGUUGUGCCUGAGCAUAUUCUUGACCCGUUGCUUGCUAGUGCUAAUUGUGCCAAAUUAGACCAAGCCCUUGAAAAUCUUAUUGAAACUGCUAAAACUCCUGAUGGUCGUUUGAAUCUUGCUUCAGUCAAGAUCCUACCUAUAAUUCUUGACCUCAUCAGAUGUCAAAUGUCCUCUUCAAAUCAUGUUCUUGUUACGUUGUCUUUAAAACUUCUUAGAAACCUUUGUGCGGGAGAAAUUUUGAAUCAGAAUUGCUUCAUAGAGGAAGAUGGAGUCGAUGUCGUCGCUAGGGCAUUUGAUUCAAUUUGUUUUGAUACAAACUUCGGUGAUGAGAUUAUCGAGAUUAUCCGAUUUGGGUUGGAGCUUCUAGGCAAUGUAUGUGGAGCUGGGGAGGAACAUCAGGCUGCUGUUUGGUUUCGACUCUUUCCUGUUUUAUUUAAAGAUAUUGCUAGAGUUCGAGUGAAGAAAAUUUCUGAUGUCUUAAGUAUGGUUUUAUAUUCUUGCUGCAACGGAAGUAAUGAAAUAAUGAGGCAGCUUUGUGAGGUUCAAGGGUUACAGAUCGUAGCGGAAAUUGUUACAACUGCUUCAAGAGAUGGUCUCAGGGAAGAUUGGUUGUUGGGGCUUCUUGCAAAAAUAUGCCUCGAGGAAUCCUAUUUUUCACCGUUAUUUUUUAUGUUGAGCACAGCUAGUGUUGUCGAGAAGAACAACAAUUUGAAGGACACUGAUGAUAUUUUUACACUGGAGAAUGAAUUUCUAUUGAGUGUCCUCUAUGAGACCUUGAACAAGAAACGUAAUGAACUCGUACCCAAGAAGUUUGCCCUCUCUGUUCUCGGAAUACUUAAGAGAGUUGUUACAGUAGUUGAUUUUUUCUCGAGAGGGCAAUCCAAGCUUCCAACUGGUACUCCUGCAGUUGAUGUUCUUGGGUAUUCAAUUAACAUUUUGAGGGAUAUUUGUGCACAGGAUAGAGUUAAAUUAAAAAGUGAAGAAUCAGUUACCAUAGUUGAUUUAUUACUGUCAUCAGGACUUCUUGAUCUUCUUAUAGAUUUUCUUCGUGAGCUGGAGCCUCCUUCGACAAUCAAGAAAUCUUUUCCACAAGAGAGCGCUUCUGUACAAUUGAAGUUUUGCCCUUAUAAAGGGUUUAGGAGGGAUAUAGUUGCUGUUAUAGCCAAUUGUUUGUAUGGAAUGAAGCAUGUGCAGGAUGCUAUUAGGCAGAAAGAUGCUAUCCUUUUGCUGUUACAACAAUGCGUUACUGAUGACGACAAUGAGUUUUUGAGGGAAUGUGGAAUCUGGGCAGUGAGGAAUUUGCUCGAGGGAAACGAAGAGAACCAGAAAAUAGUUGCAGAAUUGGAGAUUCAAGGGUCUGCAGAUGUGCCUGCACUUACUGAGCUUGGGUUUCGAAUGGAAUUGGACCCCCAUACUCGGCGUGCUAAGCUUGUCAACAUCUCACCACGUUAGAUGCUUUGCCUUCGUGAACUGGUAAAGCUGCAUUCUUCUUUCUUAAUAGCUCUACUCUCAGAUAUAGUUGCACAUCACUAGUUUCUCCUUGGAUUGGGUAUUUUCUGGAGCCUUUAAACAAAAGUCGUAUGGUGAACUUUUUUUAUGGGCCAAGGGUGCGGUUUCUGUUGAGCCAUGAUUACAAUCCGAAGGCUCGAUUCGAGUAAAUACGUAGACGUAGUUCUAGAAUUUUGUAGAAGUGAACCUUACAUAUGAAUUCUGUACAGCUUGAAGUAGAAUUUUCAGUUUUCGGUCUUUCUUUAA